UGCAUGGGUCUGUAAACCUUUCUGUGUUCUAACCUCUCUCCAUUUUUCAAAAGCAUCUCCAAUAUUUACCAUCAAGAUCAAUAACAUCUCCAGGGAUUUCUAAAGAGGAGGGGCGGAGCUUCUUCUGGCUCCAGAAACAAGAUGAAGAUGAUAAACGUGACAAACAACAGGCUUCAAAAACACGAUUCAUGAAUCACGUUAAAUCCCAGCAGGUCUGAACACACCGCCCCCGAGUGUGUGUGUGUGUGUGUGUGUGUGUGUGUGUGGUUAUAAACAGCUGACAUUGUUUGGACAGUAAUCUGACCCCUGCAGGCUGCAGGACGAUGAUCCGCUCACCCCUGAACAUUUAUUCUUAGAGUCUUUGUUCUGCUGACAUGUGGAAGGUCAAACGUGAGUCUUUUCUCUGCAUGCCUCCAUUUUUUACUCGCCAACUGUCACAUGCCAACGUUUGUCUUUUAACAGAAUCGACUGAACGAGCUGCGUUUUAACAUCAACACGUUGCGUCUGGCAGCCUUUAAGGUCUAAACGUAGAUAAUCCAUCAGGACUCAGAUACAGAACUCUGAGGAGUGUUUCUAUCUUCUGUUAUUUUUGUGAUCACAAUCUUUAUCUUUUCUGCUCUUUAAUCUUUAUAGAACACUAACUCAUAGAAACACUGAUGUUCCUGUAAUAAUCCUCUAUUCUAUAUUAUAGUAGUGUACAGUAGCAGCCGGUGAACGACAACACGCCUGGGAUUCAAAUGGGUCUACAGAUCUUUUUUAAUCUGCAGAAUAUUUUCUUUAAAUACAUAAAACGUGUGUCCGUCGUUUUUAAAGGAGCUGUGUUAGAAAACAGAUUUUCAGAUAUGAACUUUUGUUGCAGCUCCGGUUGUUUUUCCUAAAGAGACGAGGUACCGGCCCAUUCUGGAGGUAAACCUUGAGAUCCUGCUCGACAUCACAGAUUAAAGCUACUAAAGCUAACGCUGGAGCUAACUCUACAGCUAAUACUGAAGCUAACACUGAAACUAACACUGAAGCUAACUCUACAGCUAACACUGAAGCUAACACUGGAGCUAACACUGAAGCUAAGCUAAGCAUUAUAAAGAUGACCAUCAUUAAAAAGUAUCCAUCAGUCCGACUACAAACUCUUCCUCCCCCCUCUGUGACCACUUCCUGUAUGCCCAGAGUUUGGUACCCCCCGACCCCAUGUCUCAGUUCCACCUGAGGAGAGGCUCACCUGACGACGAGUUCCCCGACCUGUGCAGGAACUCCACCUGGAUGGGACGGAUCCUCACGCCCGCCAUGUACCGCAGACAGUUUGACCGCUGUACCCGCAGUGGAGUCAUCUUUGAUGAUGUCAUCCGCCCCGGACUCGAGGAACCAGGUGAUUGGUCGGGUCCUGUUUCUGUUGGUUGUGUCGCUGGAGACGCUCAGUCCUACGUCCUGUUCUGUGACUUCUUUGACCGAGUGAUCGAGGCGUUUCACGGACACAAGGUCACCAGCCAGACGCCGGAGAACGACUUCAACUACGACAACUUGAAGGGGGGCGAUGACUUGGACAGGUUGUACGUGGUCAGCUGUGAGGUGAGCGUCAUUCGAGGCGUUGAAGACUUCAGCUUUCCAACACACUGCAGUCGAGGAGAGCGCAGACAGCUCCUCUCACUGGCCAGCAGAGCUCUGCAGCAGCUGCAGGACCAGCUCCCGGGUUGCCUCCUCUCUCUGGAGGACCUGAACCAGGAGCAGCAGAGGGAGCUGAACUUGAACCCCCCGUCUACCUCCCAGCUCCGGACUGGCGUGGCCCGGGACUGGCCCGACGCCAGGGCUGUGUGGGUAAGCGAAGAUGGCAGCCUGGUGGUCUGGAUCAACAUGGAGGACCACCUGAAGCUUGUGUCGACGCGAGGCGACGCCAACAUGGCCAAGGCUUUUAGGACCGUCUGUAUGAACCUGCAGAAGCUGGACGCCGUCUACAGAGCGCUCAAACACCCGUUCAUCUGGAAGCAGCAGCUGGGCUGGGUGACGAGCUCUCCGGCUGACGUGGGGACGGGUCUGAGGAUCAGAGUCCAGCUCAGACUACAACACCUCCCCCGACACAGACGCGUGGAGGACGUCCUGAAGAGACUGAGGCUCAGUAUGGACGGGACAGAAUCCCCGGCACUGUAUCGUGUGAGCAACGUGUCGACCUUUGGCGUGAGCGAGGUGGGACUGACCCAGCUGGUUGUGGACGGCGUCAAACUGCUCGUCGCCAUGGAGAAGCGGCUGGAGGGGGGCGGGGACAUUGAUGACCUCGUCCCUACACAAAAGUAGAUCUGGAUGGUGACAGGCUGGCGUGAGGAGGCAAACCGACCGAUCAGAUGAAAGUAAAUGAUGCAGAGUGGUUGGUGAUGACCUCGUCCAUUUUACUGACCUUCACUUUGUGAUUAAAAAAACGACUCGAGCUAAAAAGGUUAAUUUGAGUGUUUUUAUUUGAAAUGAAUCCGUCAUGGCUACACGGGACGUCUGCUGCUCUCCUCUUCAACGUUUCUUUAAGUGCUACAACAAACAGUACAAGGGGGGGUCCGGGUUAGACCCUGACCUGGGACAGCCAGAGACCUCCACACCACGGAGUCACACAGAACUUCCACCAGAUACGUGUGCGUUACCGCUCCGCUCCAUUACGGCUCCUCCCACAGGGGCAGCACGGAGCAGCGGCGCCGGACAGCUGGAGUCACGAGGUAA